AUGUUGUAUCCAACAACUCGAAGACGUGCUGACAUUUUAUGUUCUCCUUUCACUGGUAUUUUCAAUGAAUCGUUUUCCAGUAACACUGUGCCUGCUUCUUGGAAGGACAUUGAAAUUAUUCCUGUGUCUAAAUCAUUAAGUAGACCGAACGUUAAGCUUAGACCUAUUGCCAUCACUUCACCGUUUUUCAAAUUAAUGGAAGGACUGCUUUCACUCAACCUUGAACCUUCAUUGAAGGCUUUUAACAACCCUAAUCAAUUUGCUGAUAAACACAGUAGGUGUACUUUAGAUACCACUGUCAUCUUAUAUCAUAAUAUUGUCUCUAGUUUCGACAGAGGUGCCAGAUAUGUGUUCGGUGUGCCUUCCUAG